AAAGACGGCGCGCGGAGCGGGCUGAGGGGUGACGGGCCCGGCUGUGUCCCGGUGCUGACCGUACCGGUACCGGCACCCGCAGCGACCACUCCCACCGCACCCGCAGAGACCGCGCCGGCACCCGCACCCGCACCCCCACAGAGACCGCGCCGGCACUGCCCUGGCCCUCACCGCAUCGCCGCCGCCCGCACCGGCGCUGCCCGCUCUCCCUUCUCCCGUACCUGCGGACAGGCCUCGCUGCAAGGCCAGACCCGAGCUGCCGCGCCGGGAAGCUCAGGCGCUUUCUCCUUGUUGUCAGGAUUUACGACGUUCGCUGUGGGCUCUCCCCGGUGCUGGCCCGUGUGGAGUAUUUUUGGAUGUGAAGGAUGGACUUCUCAGUGAUUACUAUUGGACAAGUACAAAAUGUGCUUUCAGCCAUGCAGAAGAUCUUGGAGUGCCCAAUAUGCUUGGAUGUGGUACAAGAGCCUGUUUCAACAAAAUGUGAUCACAUAUUCUGCAGAUUCUGCAUAUUCAAACAUAUCAGCAAAAAGAAGAAAGGUGUGGUAGAGUGUCCUCUGUGUAAGACAGAAGUUAGCAAGAGAAGUCUGAAAGAAAAUUCCAGAUUUAAGCAACUAAUUGAAGGAUUGUUGGAAACUAUCCAUGCUUUUGAGCUUGACACUGGAGUGAAGUUUUUAAAGAGUCAUUACUUUCAUAAAACAUCCACGGAUGUCACUGCUGCUGAGUCCUUGUGUAAAGAAAGUUCUGUCAUCCAAAGUAAAGGCUUCAGAAACAGGAGAAAAAGUGCUAAAGGAAAUGGACAAGAAAACUUAACCUUGCAGGAAUCUAGUGUGAAUAUUCAGCUUACAGAUGCCAAAAUGUGUCGCUCAAGAAACAAACCCCAGAAAUCUGAUUCUCAAAAGGGUAUUUACAUAGAGUUGGGCUCUGAAUCAUCUGAAGAUUUUUUCAAACAGGCAAGCAAAACUGGGUUUGAAGACAAAGUAUCAGUUCAGAUUUCUUCUCAAGAAAGGCUGGAAGAACUUGAGAGUGCUGAGAAGGGGAAUGAAAAUUCUUGCAAUGCACAGCCUGACAAGCUGUGUGCCAAAGAAACAACGCUACCAAAUGUCAUAGGUGAAAGUGAUUUCUCAAAGGAAUGCUUGAGCAAGAAAAGCACUCAGAGCAUUGCUGAAUGUGCCAAACCUGACCAAGUGAAUGUGACUGAAUGCCAGAGUUCUGCUUUAAAUAUCCUUGCUGUAGACCUGCUCCCAGAGCAGUGUGACAGGACAGGUGAUGCCAGUCACCUGUCACCUGUGGAUGGGGACACAUCAUUCAGAAAGAACACAGAAGAAAUGGAUAAACAGGAAACCCAGUACAACAGUGAAAGCCAAGAGUUUGAUUCAGAAGACAGUUCAGAGAGCAGGCUGGAUAAAAGCAAGGAAAUGGAUGCUGAUGUACAAAGUAUGGGAGCUGUAGAGGCAUGUGAACCUGAGAAUGACUCUUCCCAUGACAAUGAACUUCCUCUGGAGAAGCUGCCUCAGCCAGAGACACCUCAGUCUGCCACCCUGAAUAAAAUCUCCAAGAAGAGACUGAAGCAGAGCAUUCAGAAAGUCAAUGAAUGGUUUUCAAAAAGUAAUGAAAUUUUGUCUUCCAGUUCUUCCCUGGAUGAAUCUGCUGCAUCAGCUGAUGUUUCAGGUGAAGGAGAACUGUGUUUAUCAGAUAAAGGGUCUUGUAUUUCAGAAAAAACUGACCCUUUGGCAGAUUCCACGGAAAUUCCAGCAGUGGAAGGAAAAAAGAGGUGGUCAAAACAAACAGUAGAAGACAUCAAAGGCAAAAUAUUUGGGAAAACAUACAACAACAGAAGGAGGAAAUCAAAUGCCCCUUCUACCUUGAGAGACGUUUUGCCUACUAGGAGAAAGGAAGAUGUGGCUGCUGAAAAGUGCCUGAAUGAUUUCAGCAAAGACAGACUCAAACAAAAGAGGAAGACUGCCUGUGUCCUGCAACCUGAGGAUUUCAUAAAGAAAAAAAAAAAUACAGAAGAAGCAGACAGGGGCCCUCAAAGUGUUAACUGGGGCCUUGGAGAUGCUGAAAAGAAUAGAUGUGAUGAAAGUGUUUCUGUUAAUGAAAGUCACCUCUCUCAGAAUAAGGCAAAUAAGACACUAACAGAGCUUGAGGAGGGAGGGGAACCCACAUGCAAGAAAGCUUCUGACAAGGUCACUACCAGGCACUGUGAUGGGGAACCAGAAAUGGAUAACUGUGAUCAGAAAAGCACCAAAAAAAGAAGUUCUGCAGCAAAAAGAUGCAAGCAUUCUAGUAGAAAUAUGUGUGCUCUGCAGUUAGUAGUGGAUAGAAGCUCUGUUUUCCGUGAUCCAGCUGAGCCACAGAUCGAUAGCUAUCCCAGCAGUGGGGAGCCCAGGAAAGCUGAUUCUGAGCAAAAUCCAGUCAGACGCAGCAGAAGGCUUCGGAUCCUUUCUGAAGAAAUGACAAAAGAAACAAGGAAAGGAGUAAAGGGAGCAAGAAAGAAAAACAGUGACUGUGGAAGGUCUGUCUCUGGAGACCAAAGGAAUGUGGCAACUCGCUCUGCUGAGUGCAAAGACCUGUGUGAGCCUCAAGAUGAGCUGAGUUACAGGCCAGUCACUGAUUUGGAAGGAGGUGAUCUGGAAGCAAAUGAAAUGCAGGUUAGUCUAAAGAAUUUAUCUGACACUGCAGAAACUGGGAGAAGUCUGUUCAAUCCUUCAUGUCAGCCUUCAAACUGUGGCUCCACUGUGCCUGAUACGUGUUCUCAAGACAGUGAAAUACUAGGUAGCCCUCUCCUCCUACAACUUCCUUCAGUGUCUGGUGGGAAAACUACUUCUCACCAGACUGAAGAGGUGACUGAAUCACCUACUGCUUUUUCCCAGGAGUGUGGACAUGAUUCACAAAAUGUUCCAGGGGACUUAAAAACUGAAAAGUUGCCAAUGGCUGAAAAUGUGUUGGAAUUGACCAAGGAAGCUGAGGACAGUGACUUGGACACGCAGUAUCUGCGAAAUAUAUUUAGGCAUUCAAAGCGCUCCUCCUUCAGCCUUUUUCAGACUGCCAGGCAGGCACAUGCAGUGAAAGAUCCUCCUCCUGAAACCUCCAAUCCAUCAUGUGCUGCUCAGGUAGAAAAUAAAGGUGGCAAACAGGUACAAUUGGAAAGCUUACAAGAGGAGAAAGCAGCUGCUCAAAACUUGAGCAGGGUUUCUGAGAAAGAGAAGACCUGUGAGUCUGCCCAUGUUGAUCCUGUGCCUUGCUUUGCUGUCAGCACAAGAGAACACAGGGAUGACAUUUUACAGGCUGCAGAGGAAAGGACUCUAACACCAGCAGGAGCAGGGACUGCUCAGACUGAGCACAAAAAUGGAUUGCUACAAGAAGAGCAGGGCAAUGAAAAGCCAGUGUCAAAUGAGAUAGGGAUAGAAAAGUUGAGACAGAAUCCCAUCAAAAGUAAUGGAAGCCAAAGUGAUCAGAGUAACACAGAUGAUGAUUCCAGACAAAAUGAUGUAAACACAGGCCAGGAAAUCAGCUUCAGUUCAGAAAUCAAUCAGGCAGGAAAGACUGAAGUUGCUGAUUGCAAAGGACCGGUUCUACAUUUUCAAUCCCCAUCAAUAAUUUGUCCUGCAACUUGUCAGCAAAGCCCUGCUGAAAUCAGCUGUGAAGUCACUGAAACAAAAAGUAGCAAAGUAGUAGUUCCUGUGAAGGGGAAUGAAGAACAAGCAGCCCAUACUGUUAGCACAGCAGUGCCCAAAUGUUCAGCUGCAGAGGAGGAACCUCUUGGAGAGAAUCGUGACCUCACAGAUUUGUCUGAAACCCCUAAUGGCUUGCUGUGCUCUGAUACUGAUAUUGAGGAGAACAGCAGCUUAUGUGAAACUGAUAGGAAAGAACAAUCUGCAGUGUUUGUAAAAAGUGGCAAUGCCCUGGGAAAAGAGCUGCUCAAGAGAAAUGCAAGUUCCAGGCCAAGAUCUGGAGGUAUUCAAAAGUCUCGAAGACGAGUUCAGAAACUGCCAUCUUCAGAUGAAGAGUCCUGUGAGGAUGAAGAUUUACCAUGCUUUCAGACAUUAAUCUUCAGCAAAUCAGCAAGCACACCUUUGCAGACUGGUAAACAAAUGUCAUCUGUGGCAGAGCCUUCAGUGGCAGAGUGUCCAGUGAGUCCCAGUGUGUUGCCUCACAGUGUGAGUAAUGACAAUAUUGUGCAGGAAGUGCCUGAAGCUGCCCUAAGUAAUGUGUGUGUUUCACCAAGCCAGGAGUCAGAAUGCUCUGUCAGCUUAUUUUCUUCCCAGUCCAACAUGUCUGAAGAACCACUUAAUGGAGCACAAGAGCUGAAGAAACAUUUACCACAUGUGUCCAAACAAAUGAGCAGUGUAAACAACAGUAAAGAAACUUCUCAGAACUGUAGUGGAGGGCUGAAGACAACCAAAGAUGAAUGUCAAGAAUUUCCAGACAUUGGAGCAAAUCUAGGUGAAGCAUCUGGAUAUGACAGUGAAAUAAGUGUUGUAGAAGAUUCCUGUGGGCCAUUCUCUCAGGGGGAAAUCCUCACUACACAGCAGAAGAAUGCUAUGCAGAAUAGCCUGAGAAAACUUCAGCGAGAAAUGGCUGUGCUUGAAGCAGCACUAAAGCAGAAUGGAAGUCAGAGCUGUGAAGUUUUACCUGUCCACAGGGAACUGCCACAUUCCAGUACUGAGGGGGCACUUGAAACAGAUCAAAUGAGAGAAGGAAAAAACAGGUCUCCAGAAUUGGUUCUCUCAUCUUCUAAAUCCUCUUCAACAAAGAGAUCAGAUCUGGAGAAAGGCCCUGAGUGUGACAGUGUUCUGAAGAAGGAAACUCCCUCUGAAAAGACAAAACCUGUGCAGGAAGCAGUGCAAGAACACAGGCAGUGUCAGCUGGAGGAAGAAAAUUCGAAGGAGAAGAAAUCUGGAACCAGGCAACACAGUGCAUCUGUCUCAUCACUUUCUGGAAAUGUGACCCAGUGUCCAGAUAACUCUUCCUGCUCUGUAAGGCUUUUUACCCCUCAAGCUGCAGAAGCCACAGAUGAGCCUGUUGUAGCUCAGAACACUGAUAAAAGCUGUGGCCCAGGACACAAAUUAAAGACAAGUGAAUGUUUUCCUGUACCUGUUCUGCACAAUGCAACUGGGGAAAAAAAUGAUACAAGUCCAGUUGUGACCAAGAGGAAAGAAAUGUCAAUUGUGGCAUCAGGUCUGAAUCACAGUGAGCAUCUGGUGGUCCAGAAGUUUGUGAAAAAAACUCAGAGCACUUUAUCUAAUCACAUUACUGAAGGAACAACCCAUGUCAUAAUGAAAACAGAUGAGGAGCUGGUGUGUGAACGGACUCUGAAGUAUUUCCUGGGCAUUGCAGGAGGAAAAUGGGUAGUUAGUUAUCAGUGGAUAAUUCAGUCUUUUAAAGAAGGAAGAAUACUGGAUGAGGAGAACUUUGAAGUCAGAGGAGAUGUAAUCAAUGGGCGAAACCAUCAAGGUCCUAAGAGGGCCAGACAGGCCCUGACUGAAAAGAUCUUUAAAGGCUUUGAGAUCUGUUGCUGUGGACCUUUCACUGGUAUGACUACAGAGCAUCUGGAGUGGAUGGUGGAGCUGUGUGGUGCCUCUGUGGUGAAGCAGCCUGACCUGUUCACACACACAGCAAAUUCUACUGCUGUUGUGGUUGUGCAGCCAGAUGCUUGGAAGGAAGACUUGGAUUAUAGAGCAAUCCACCAGCAGAGCAAUGUUGCUGUGGUAACUCGGGAAUGGGUCCUGGACAGCGUGGCUUGCUACGAGUGCCAGGAGUUCAGUGCUUACCUCCUGUCCUAAGGGUGAACAGCAGCUCUUAGCAAUAAUAAAAUUACUUCAACAACAUUACUAUCUGAAGGUGGAAUUACUGUUCUUUAAAGCUUUACUUUAACUUAAAGAUCUAUGAGAUUAUAAAUGUUAAACUAAUUUUAAAGGUUAGAAAGUGUAGUAUGUGACCUCAGAGAAAUGGUGAUUUAUUAUUUGCCACUGCAGCCACUUUCUGUUUAGACACUUGGGGACAUUUUGGAGACAGUCAUUUAAAAGAGGAAUAUUGGGCUCAGGGUUUGAAUUAAAGCAUAUUUUAAAUACAUUAAAACUCCUGCACUCUGGAGUAACCUCCAUAUUUUCAUUUUGCUUAAAUACAGCCCCUGAAUACUGUUUUGUGAUUAUUAGUGCAUCAGCCUUGGCCAUUUAUUGAUUAUGGUUGUGCUGAAAACUCUACAAAUAGCUUUCCUGUUGUGCAUCAAAGUGCCAGCUCACCUUAUCCAGAAACCCUGGCCACAGGUAUGGUCCCCAGAAAGGUUAAACAGAAGGCAAAGCUGAAAACCAGGAACUGUCAGGCUGAUUUCUGACAAGUGCAUGUGGCACUGUGAAAGGAUAACAAAUAGAAGCAUUUUAGUAUCCUGGUGACCCAUGAUAAGCCCAAUAAGAAUCUGCUUAUAAUAGACUCUGCUUAUAAAAUGAGGCUGCAAAGAAAUAGGUUUUUUAUGAAAGAAAAUGUCUUGCUUGUUUCUGUUGCCAAGCAAUUCAAUUUCAUACCUAAUUUUGUACUUUGAGAGCAGAGCUGCUUGUUUAAAAAGAGAAAAAAAUGUAGCUAAGUUGUUUUGUGGUAAGAUGCUGCUGUCUUGGAAAGUUAGAGAAAGUAUGUUUAUAAAUAUUUGAAUCCACAAAGAAAUAAAAUUAUUUUGGCAAGUA